GUCUGUCGCACAUCAACGGAACUGUUUGUUUUUGUUUGCGAGGAAGACGAUGAGAGAGGAAGAAGCAUGGAAAGAAGAAACUAGAAGUUCGGAGCAGUUCUGGCACAAAACAUCACCUGUUAAACACGAAAACACGCGACCUGAUUCAAUUUUUGCCACUGAAAAUUUCUUUGGAAAAACUCGCAGUAAAAAUCAGGCGGCGAGUGACACCGGAGCAUGUCGGUGCACUUCGACGAGAGGAGCGGGGUGGUCCCCUGCCAGACCCCGUGGGGUUGCUGGUACCAGACCAUGGAGGAGGUCUUCAUAGAAGUCGGUGUGCCGAACGGGACGUCUGCUAAAGAGGUCAAAUGCCGUCUAGGAGCCAGAGAUAUCGAACUGCACGUAAAAGGGAAGGAAAUCUUCAAGGGAAAGUUGUUUGAAACGACCGUGUCAGAUGAAGCUACUUGGACAUUAGAGGAUAAAUGUCUCAUUCGGAUCAUUCUGAUGAAGACCAACAGGGAAGCAGGAAACUGCUGGUCUUCCCUUCUCGAGGGGGAGUACUGCGCGAAUGCUUGGGUUCAGGACCAGAUGCAAAGAAAACUCACCCUGGAGAGGUUUCAGCGGGAGAAUCCUGGUUUUGACUUCAGCGGUGCAGAGAUCUCUGGGAAUUUUGCCGGUGGUGGUCCAGACUUUUCCAACUUACAGAAGUGACACUUUUCAUGUUUUCUGAACGUGGUGGACACAAUCCUACAAACCCACCCCAGUGUGCACACCAGAGGCGUAACCAAUCCUGGGGUGACUGGCAUUUUUACAAGGGUUGAGUGAGAGACUUGUUUCUGAGACUCGUUCUCUGAAUUGUCAGCCACAAUUCUGUUUCCUACACCCGGUUUAGCUUUUUACUCAACCCAGUUUGAAGCCAGAUGAAAGGAACUUCACUUUGGGUUAAACAGAAGUAUGUCAAGUGUGUCAUCUGAACAAGGAUCCAUACAAAUACAGCUUUUCAAUAAAUUUUUAUUGAAAGGUCCGAGUACUUGAGUGUAUCAGACGGAGUAUUCUAUUGACCUCUUUAAACUUGAACAGUUUUUGAUAGCACUAGUUCAGCCAAACAAAGGAAACUGAACAGGAAAAUGCAAUCCAAAUUCCAACUCGCAUUUCCACUGCAGCCACUUUCAAAUGUUCUCUGUAGAAACACAGAACUCAGUUCAAUGUCAAGACUCCAGAAUCAAUGAAAACAUCUCAUCUGUAACUGCUCCUCACAGUUCUGCUCUGGCAGGGACAUGAUGCCAUUUCACUGGUAUUUACCAGAGCUCCCUCACCAAAUCAAAAGAAAAAAAAAAAAAAAAAA